AGAUCCGGAGAUGUAGAUUUUCUAGGGCGAUUUUUUCCGGCGGAGGGAUGAUUUGGUUUUAUUUAUUUGUUUUUGUCUCUCUGGGUUUGCCAUGUGGGACGUCUCGCAUAUUAACGUUGCAGAAUAUGUAUAACGAUAUUGCUCACAUUUUGGGGUUGUUGAUCGACCCUAUAUGUAGCUGUAGCAAUGCCUCCUUACGAGGCUUGUGUAGUUUCGUUUACAACUUCUUUCAUGUAACGUUUGAAAGACUUUUCGAAUUGUUGGCAAUGGUCACAGUGUUGAAGUGGCGAUGUCUGCGUUGCGUGUUCUGUAUACUGUGUUUUCCACUUGAGUGCUUACUCUGCAGCCGGCAGCUCAAAGCAGCAGUUGCUAGCUCGUUCCGGGAUUGAGGGUUUAAAGUCCAGUGCCGCUGCACUAGGGGUCGGUGUACUUGUUAAGCUGCAGAUACAGGAAUAGCUUUUGUGUGUGUGUGUAUGUGUUGUGUUUUUUAUUUUGUUUUAUUGUUUUUAGUCUGAUUAGUUAUUGAUUUCAGGGUCAGCAAGGUUGAGAAAUCAUGAGAAUCUCAACAUAUACUUCGUAAUUCCAUCGCCACAAAUUCUUCACAAGGAUUUAUUAGCGAGGAUAGCUCGAUGCUAGUGGCAAAUUGAUCCGACGGAUACUCUCGGAUUCCAGUCUAUGGACACAAGACACAGAGCUGGGGGUGAUAUGCGUCGAUACUAUUCUCAUGCUUGGGUCUAGAAUACCCAUCAGAAGUUGGAAUUAGUCCCUGAUUUUUUCAGCCUUUGAAAGGGACUGUUGUUUUGGAACCACUAGCAACAUGGACUUCUUCAUGGACAACCUGGUGCUGUUUGGAUCGAUCGGCAUGUUCACCGUUGUGUAUUUCUAUGGCUACUUUUUCAUAUUCAACAGGCUAUGGAAGGGCCGUUACCGGUACGAGGCAGCUAGCUGCGGAAUGUCUUUGACUCAUGGCACAGUUGUUGCCGUCUUGUGCUGUUACGAAAUUUUCUCCAAAGAAUGGGUUCUAGACGCUCCCAAUACUCCUUUCCAGGAUAAAAUAAUGGAGUAUUCUAUGGCAUACUUCAUUGUUGAUAUGCUGAACCUUGCUUUCACUGCCCCGGACGAUUAUCUCUUCAUCAUUCACCACAUUGGAACCUUGUCCUACAUGAUAUCGUGUCGGUACUUCAUCCACCAUGGGGCUGUAUCGGUGAUGUGCUGUAUAGCAGGUGGAGAAGUCACAAGCCCUGUUCAAAACAUCUGGACACUGGCUAAACUGGCGAAAGAUGCAUCUCAGAAAGCGAAGCAAUUAUUUAUAAGUAUCUCUCCCUACUUUACAGUGUAUUUCAGCAUUGUGAGGGGAGGCUUUGGACCCUACUUGACAUGGACUCUUGGGAAAUUCUACUUGAGAGGCCACGCGGACAACAUAAUGCCAAGAUGGUUGGCGUGGUGUUGGAUGUUCAAGCUUGCGUUUGCAAUCGUCGCAAGUAUGUUGUGGGUUAAAGAUCUGUGGUUGGCUUUGUUCUCCAGAACAAAGCCUCAAGGACCUGUCCAAGUGAAAAGUGAUUGAAAGGAUCUUCGUAUCUGGCUACCCACAAAGAGCAAUCCUUGCCUUCCCAUGGAUGUUGUAAUAUGUUAUCUUGUUAAUUUAGUGCAAUUGUCGAAAUCAUUUGGCAGUUUUCAUUUCAAUACCUGGAAUGUACUAAAACAAUUCAUUAUCUUUUAAUAUUAUUAUUGUUUUGUUGAGUACAAGAA